AGUGACAAACGUGACACAGAGGUAAUCUCACUCUAUCAAAAAAAAGCAUUUCGCGAGAUAAUCAUGCCUUUAUGCCUAUAAAUGUAGCUAGCAAUGUAUACCAAAAAUGGACUUUGUGUUGUAUUCCGUCUCGCUAAUUCUAUUUCGUUAGCCAGAUCCAUCCAACCUUUCAAUAUGGAGGAAGGUUGGACAGUAAGUCCACAUUGUUCGAAACUUUUUUGUUUACUAGUAAGAACGAGACUUCUGAGCUUAAUAGUAAGUGUUGUUAAAUUCAGGGUGCCAAGGGUGAAAGGAAAUUUCUUAUUUCUAAUUUGGUAAGUUUUACCCUUUUUAAAAUUACCAAAGAGUUAAACGAAUGAUGGCCCAGUCUUUAAAAAUAAUCUUUCGUUAAAAAAAUGCCUAGGGACAAGCGAAAUAAGUACAUAUAUGACGAACGAUAUUACAUAAGUUUAGUGGCUGUUAGUGAGUAGAAGAAGUGGUUUUGA